UUCUUCUCCCCUACAACCGAGCAAAGAGCCCCAGCCACCGACAACACCCCCUCUUGAGAAACGGUAAAAGCUUGUUUUUUCCCCUUCUUUUCUUGUUCAAGAAACAAGAUUUAGACUUAGAAAUCUCCCCCCCUGCAGAAAAUUCUAGAUCUGCUCUGUUCCUUCUUCUCCGUCCGCUGCUCUGCUGUGUGGAUGUGAUUUUUUUCAGGUUUCUGAUCCCCUGAUUUCUCCUGCACUUCCGUCGGCUUCCCCCAACCCGCCAGCUCCGGUUUGCUUGCUGAAUUUUCUGGAAGUGAGACCCGAGGCACGGUUAACCAGGGGAGUAAAAUCAGCAAUUUUAAUAUGCCCAUCAACAGUAAUUAGUAGCACGUUCUUUAGCUACAUCAUUUACAAAAAUUUUAGCCCUUUUUAGAUGGCAACCUUAAACAGCAUGUGGUGGUAGGCACCUUAGUCCAUCUGCAAGUGAAGUAGAGUCAUUGUAGUAGUGGCUAGAUUCACUCUAUACUUUUUCUCUAUGGUUCUUUUAUUUUAAUACUGCAAGAAUAAAAUGGGGAAUGUACAGGCUUGAAAACAAUUUUUUUUUUUUUACUUGGCUGCCUCUUCAAUGCACACUCAAAAGAGAAGUCAGUAUGCAGAGCAGGAAUACCCAGGUUCAGGCCAUUCAGACUCCAAUAUUGGAGAAUUUAUGGUCUAGAGACACUGUCAUAUACACAACUGACCAUGAUGUUAUUAAAGAGGUGAAAGUGAGUUGAGUCUGAAAAGUAAUAAUAGGAUUCAAAAUAUAAUAAUAAAUAUUAAGAAAACACUAAUUUUUUU